AUGCCACAAAGAACGAUUCUAUACUGCUCCACUCAGAUUUUCUGUCUGCAAAAAGUGCUAAUGCUGCAGUUAUGUGCAGCUGCGGUAGUAGCCUUCCGUCCAGAACACUGCUCUAAUGAUACUGAUGUUAUGGAUCAUCUUUUAACUGAGGCUGCACUUCGCCACAAUCGUCAUAAGUUACCGUCUAGACCAGUUAUUGUACGAAUCGAAAUGUGGAUUCAAGAAGUAACUUAUGUUUCUGAGUUAACUCAGGAUUUUGAAAUUGAUUUGUAUGUGAAUGAAUUUUGGGAAGAUCCAGCACUUAACUACGAGGUGCUUUCCCCAUGCAACGGCAAUUUAAGUUUUGAUCACAGCAUCCACGAAAGUAUUUGGAUUCCUAACACUUGCUUUAUCAAUUCCAAAAAGGCACUUAUCCAUAGCUCACCAUUCCGGAAUGUUUUUCUUAUGGUUUUUCCAAAUGGCUCAAUAUGGUCAUGUUGGCGUAUUAAGAGCACGGGUCCGUGUCAUAUGGAUUUGCGCAACUUUCCAAUGGAUUCUAUAUCGUGUAUGCUAACAUUUGAAUCCUAUAAUUACAACAUUCAGGAAGUACGAAUGAAAUGGAAUGAACCUCAUUCUGUACUGAUGUUUAAGGAUAUCGAAUUACCAGAUUUUACUUUGGUCAACUACACAACUUCUGUCAUUGAAGCUGAGUAUGCAGCGGGCUUAUGGGAUGAACUUACUGUUUCAUUUACUUUCAAAAGAAGGUAUGGAUGGUAUAUUUUACAAGGAUACAUCCCAACGUAUUUAACGAUAUUUAUCUCAUGGAUACCUUUUUAUAUGAGUCCGCGAGCAAUGCCAGCUCGCACUAUGAUUGGUGUCAAUUCUCUACUUGCAAUGACAUUCCAGUUUGGAAACAUUAUAAGGAAUCUGCCACGAGUAUCAUACAUUAAGGCAAUUGAUAUAUGGGUUUUAAGUGGGAUGACUUUCAUUUUUGCAUCGCUGAUCGAACUUGCGAUGGUUGGUUUUAUGAAUCGGCACGAAGGUCGAGCAGAUACCAAACCGAAUCAUAUGCAGAAAAAUAGGAAAUUAUCCAUUCUGGAUAGUGAAAAACUAGACCUAUAUUCCAGAACAAGCUUUCCUCUGGUGUAUGCAACGUUCAACAUGAUAUAUUGGGGUUAUUAUAUGAAUGGACUACUUCUGCACUAG